UCGACUGAUCGGCCUUUGCAUUGGCCUUUUCCGUCACACUUUCGACACACUUUUGCUUGGCUUAGCUGCAGAGAAGCACAACAAAGCAAAUUCCUUUGUGAAAACAGCUCGAUCUCAUUGAACUCCCUCAAGAUUUUCUUCUCCUCGUGUUCUCUCUCUUCUUCUUCAGUCUCCGCAUUGGCUCUGUCUGUCAAUCAUAGAUUUUUACUUUCUGCUGUGAAAUAUAACUUUUUGAGGAUGGCAGCAACAGCAGCUUCCAGCCUUCAAAUAGCAACAGCAAGACCCUGCAUUUCGUCUCCUCACAGGGUUGUUGAGGCAGGUGUUUCCAUUCUAGGUGCCAAUUCUAAAAGUAUGUCAUGGAAUAAGCUCACAAGUGCUUGCAAUAUAUCAUCUUUAGAGCCUUUCCGACGCAGUUUUACAUCAUCUCCAGCAAAGUUCAAAAAGGUUGUGACAAAGGCAAUGUCUGAAUCUAGUGAAAAGAAGCCCGUUUCUGGGUUGGCAAUUGACUUGAAAGGUAAAAGGGCAUUUAUUGCUGGUGUAGCUGAUGAUAAUGGAUAUGGCUGGGCAAUAGCAAAAUCCCUUGCUGCUGCAGGUGCUGAAAUUCUAGUGGGAACGUGGGUGCCUGCUUUGAACAUAUUUGAAACCAGCUUGAGACGUGGAAAGUUUGAUGAAUCACGCAUAUUGCCAGAUGGCUCUUUAAUGGAGAUUACCAAAGUAUAUCCCCUAGAUGCAGUCUUUGACAACCUUGAUGCUGUACCUGAAGAUAUAAAAACCAAUAAGCGCUAUGCAGGAUCCUCAAAUUGGACUGUUCAGGAAGUUGCUGAAUCUGUUAAACAGGAUUUUGGCAGCAUUGACAUCCUUGUGCAUUCCCUAGCUAAUGGGCCAGAGGUCAGUAAACCCCUGCUGGAGACAUCCCGGAAUGGAUAUCUUGCUGCUUUAUCUGCUUCAAGUUACUCCUAUGUUUCUUUACUCAAGCAUUUUCUCCCAUUAAUGAAACCAGGAGGCUCUUCAAUUUCUCUUACAUACAUUGCUUCUGAGCGAAUAAUUCCAGGUUAUGGUGGAGGUAUGAGUUCUGCUAAAGCUGCUCUAGAAAGUGAUACAAGAGUACUUGCUUUUGAAGCAGGAAGAAAAAACAAAAUUAGGGUCAACACAAUAUCUGCGGGUCCUCUAAGAAGUCGCGCUGCAAAGGCAAUUGGAUUUAUUGAUACAAUGAUUGAAUAUUCAAUGGCUAAUGCACCUCUCCAGAAAGAACUAUCUGCAGAUGAGGUGGGGAACGCCGCUGCUUUCUUGGCAUCACCUUUGGCUUCAGCUAUCACAGGUGCUGUCAUAUAUGUAGACAACGGUCUGAAUGCAAUGGGUGUUGGAGUUGACAGUCCUAUAUUUAAAGACCUCAACAUUCCAAGCGACAAGCAUUAGGAGUAGAUACCAGGAGGUUGAUAGCAAAUGUCAUGCCUGAAUGUUUAGUUUAGCUCUUUCUUGUUGGUAAUGCAUCUUAGGAUGUUUGAUUGGCGGCCUCUUUAUACCUAUGAGAUUUUGUCUUGCCUGGUUUAUUUUCUUCAAAUUUUCAAGUUUUCUGGAUAGAGACUGCCUUAGCAUGACUGAGUUGUCUCACAAUAGUGUUCUGCCAAAUCCUGAUUAAGCUUUUUUGAGUGGACAAUUUCCAUUAAUGAAUCGAUUGCCGCAUUGCUGAUUAAA